CUUCUUGAGGUGCUUCCAGAUUUUGGUUACAGCCUAGAAGAGUUCGUGCAUCUCAUAGUUCCAGCUAUUGCUCGUCUCAUUGACGUCUCCGAGGAUGCUGCUAGCCUCCAUCUCGUACUUGCUACCGCCGCUUCUGCGCCACCAACAAGUAUUGACACUAUAACUUUGUCUAGAGAACUUAUCUAUGGUGGAGGGAGCAGCGGAUACGUCGGCGCAGGUGGAGCACAAGAGGAUAAUUUUAUGCUUCACAACGAUACCGGUGGGCAUUCAACCUCUUCUGACAGUUUUGAAUUAGCCAAUGUACUCGAAGGUCUUGCUGAUCCCUCAGAUGCAGGCUUGCUCGGAAUCUCUUUUGUCCUUCCCGGUGCGCUGGCUCAGUCCACUGCCGUCGCAGUGGCUGCUGCAGCAAACGGAAGCGCCUGUGCCACAUCGUCCAACACUGACGGGUCCGGAGGUGGAUCCGGCUAUGGUGGCACCAACAGUACUUCUUCCAGACUACCUGGCGGCUUGAUAGGCAGUUUGGCACUGCGGCGGGCCAGUCUUGAUUGCCUUGCUCGCCUUGCCGACCAACUAGGAUUAGAUGAUCACGCUGGCCGUAUUGUACAUCCUGUUUGCCGGUUGCUCAAUCUCUUAGCAACAUGUGCUGGGGCGUCCGCCGCUAGUCCAGCAUCUGUCUCUCUUGCAUCGGGUAGACGUAGUGGCACUAAUGUUGGUGGACAAACCGAUACAGCUGAUGGGCAUCAACCAUUGAAGUCCGAAUCUUCGACUGUUGGUGGCACAACUGCCAUCUCUGAUGGCCAACCCAUCAGCACUUCCAUCACCGCCAUCUCUGCUGGCACUAGUGGUGCCUCUGCUAUCGGAUCUUCAAUAGGCUCUAAUGCCGGUGUCGUGGCAGGAGUACCAAGCGGUCCUGCUGUCUUGGCCUCAUUAGGAAGCUUGGCUAGCCUGUCGGAGGCUGCGGUACAAUCACUUGCCAGACUACAGGGACCAGCACUCGAGCUGCUGACUAUUCUGCUCUGCCGGAUGGGCCAAAGAUUCAAACUAUUCCUCCCUGUUGUACAGAAGACCUUAAGUCGGCUCACGGUUCCGCAGAAGCGCUUCUACGCAGUUCUGAGCAGAGUAUGUACCUUAUCUUCUGUACAUUUUUUAAAUAAACCUCAACAAUUCGGUUUCUGUUGUUUAGGUGGAGUGUUCUGUGCAUUAGCUCUGAUAAUUUCUUAA